AUGACCGCACCGUCUGAUGUCAAUCGACCGUCUCCACCCGGAACGACAAAGUAUAAGCAUGAGGAACAUGGCGACAGCGACAGUCUUGCAGAGCAGGAUGUGAAUGUGGAUAUCCUGGGAGAAGACGAAGCGCUGAGGCAGACCCAAUGGAAAGACCUCUUCAAUUUUCUGACCAGGAAACACGUUCCGCUACUCGCCCUCGCACUGUCCCUGUCCGUCGUCUGCGGUCUAGCGGUGCCCGCAAACGCGUUUCUCCUCGGAAGAGUUUUCGACGCAUUCGCCAAGCAUGGAGCUGGGGCAAUAACAGGAGAAAAGCUGAAGAGCGAAGUCACAAAAAACUGCACCUAUCUGCUGGGCCUAGCUGCGGGUAAUUGGCUCCUCAACAGCUUCUUCUUCACUAUAUGGAUACUCUUUGGGGAGACGCAGGCCAGAAGUGCCCGCGAACGAGUGUUUGCGGCGCUUCUCAAGAGAAACAUGACCUGGUUCGACCAAAGGAAGAACGGGGUGGCGGCGAUGGUUCCGCGGCUACAAACGCAAAUCCGUGAGCUGCAACUCUCCUUGUCGCAGCCGCUGGGCGGCAUCUGCGAGAACUUGGCCACAACACUCCUGUGCCUCGGAAUGGCGCUCUACUACUCCUGGCGCAUCACUCUGGUCAUCCUUUGCGUCGUUCCCGUCGCCGUUGUUGCCGUCGCAUUUCUCUCCACUCGUCUCCAACCGAACAUCGACAAGCAGGUCGACAAGCUGCAGGAAGCGCUCAAAUACGCCAUCGGCGCCAUUAGAUCCAUCGAGACUGUCAAAGUAUUCAACGGGCAGGACUAUGAGGUUUGGAAGUAUACCAACGUCGCGCGUGAGGCGGCUUCCUACUAUGUGCGCCAGGCCAACCUCAACGCGCUGCAGAUGAGCCUCAUGUCUUUCGUCAGCUUUUCCAUGUUCAUCCAGGGCUUCUGGUACGGCAGCACGCUGCUUGACAAGGGCCAAACACCGGGGCAGGUGUUGACUACGUUCUGGGCGGCGCUCAUGGCUUGUCAGGCUUUCAUGUCCAUCUUGCCGCAGUUCCUCGUCAUGGAAAAGGGGAGGGCGGCCGGCGCGAAGCUGAGAGCGGUCAUGGUUCACGGAUCGAAGGGUCAGGAAGAAUCAAGGCCGGGAGAGGGGCUGAAGCCUGACCAUUGUGCCGGAGAUUUCGAGUUGAAGAACAUCUGUUUCUCUUACCCCGUCCGCCCGGAUGAGCUUGCUCUCGACAACGUGUCCCUCUUCUUCGCCGCGGGCGAAACCACCUUCGUCAUCGGCAAGUCUGGCUCCGGAAAGUCGACCAUCGGGCAGGUCCUCUGCCGCUUCUACCCCUCCAAAUCCGGCAGCAUCACGCUCGACGGGCACGCGCUCGAGGCGCUCGACAUCGACUGGCUGCGGCGUAACAUCACGCUGGUGGAGCAGAACAGCGUGCUCUUCGACGACACCAUCUUCCGCAACAUCAGCUACGGGCGGCCGGACUUCGACCGCGUGACGCUGGACGAGGUGAAGGCGGCGGCCGAGUUCGCGCUGCUGAAGGAGACGGUCAACGGCAUGCCGGACGGGUGGGACACGCUGGUGGGGGCCAACGGGGCGGCGUUGAGCGGCGGGCAGCGGCAGCGGAUGGCGCUGGCGCGAGCUCGGCUGAGGGACACGCCGGUGCUGAUCUUGGACGAGUCGACCAGCGCUCUCGACUACGUCAAUCGCACGCUCAUCCUGGAGGCGAUCAGGGUCUGGCGGAGGGGCCGAACGACCAUCAUAAUCACGCAUGAUAUCUCGCAGAUUCAACAGGAGGACUACGUCUACAUUCUGGACAAGGGCAAGGUUGUGCAGGAUGGGUACAGGAAGUCUCUGGAAAGAGUCAAGAGCUCGCCGUUUCAAAGGUUCCUGUCCAUCAAGGAAGAAGAAGAGGAAGAAGAAGUUGAUGAGAACGGAGAGGAGAAGACGGGGAUGGGUGCCAAUUCGAGUGGCUUCGCCGCCGGAACAAGUAGCACUGCUGCCCAAGCAGGCCCCAGACCCUACAGCUUACUACGGCGAACCAGCUCGAUUUACUCGGACGAAUCUUCGGCCGACGAAGACCCGCUGCAAAGCUAUCUCGAUGCCGACGUCUAUGGGGCGCCUCGCUUCGUGCCCAGCAUGUUCAUGGAGCAACGUGUCGAGCCCGGCAACCGCAACUCGACACUCCUCCCGGCAGCCGUGGGCGGUAACUUCUGGCGCGUCCUUCCACCAACUGCGGCCUUCUCGCCUCAGAUACGCAGCGAUGAAAGCUCGCCUACAGAGCAAUCCAACAACUUUGAGCUUCUCGACAGCAAGAGGAGAUGCAGCUUUUACGAUUUUGACUACACCUUCGCAGACACGCGCCCCAUGUCCAUGACCAAGCGAGACUACGAGAUAGGCCUCGGCGUCACCGAUGCCGAUGACACGGAGCGUAAGAGCAGAAGGGUCUCCGGUUCGGAGGCCAUCCUCCUUCAGGAGAAACGUCGGCGCAGAGAGACACUGACCGCUGCGAUUGCCGGCACGCCAGGUCUCUCCUCGGCACCAGUGGGCCGGGAGAAGGCAGCAGUAGCGCCCAGGUCACUCCUCCACCGGCUGGUGUCUCGACUGCCCCUUAUCGGCGGCGGCGAACAAAAACGAAAGGAACACGACGGCAGCUUACUCACGUUCAAGCAGAUUUUCUCAGACGUUUGGCCACGCAUCACCUGGGCGCAGCGGCUCGUGCUCGUCGUCGGCGUGGCCAUGUGCGUGGUGCACGCCAUCUCGACGCCCGUCUUCGCGUACAUCUUCAACAAGCUGCUCACGACCUUCUACCUGCGCGGGCCGGACCGGUCCCGGCGGGCGCUCGUGUACUCGCUCGCGAUCCUGGGCAUUGCCGUGGUGGACGCGACGGCCAACUACCUCUCGCACCUCUCGCUCGAGUACGCGGGGCAGAUGUGGGUGCACUCGGCGCGGGCGAGGGCGUUCCAGUCGGUGCUGGCGCAGCCGCGGUCCUUCUUCGACGAGCCAGGGAACGGGGUCGAGAGCCUGGUCGAGGCGCUCGACUACUGCGCCGAGGAGAUGCGCAACCUGGUGGGGCGGUUCGCGGGGGCGGUGCUGAUGGCGGUGCUGAUGAUGGGCACGGCCGUGGUGUGGUCGCUGGCGUCGGCGUGGAAGCUGUCGCUGGUCGGGCUGGGCGUGGCGCCGCUGUUCUACGCCAUCACCGUCGCCUUCAACCGCGUCAGCGGCCGCCAGGAGCACCUGCUCAACCAGGCCGACGCCGCCGCCACCGACGUGCUCAGCGAGGCCCUCGUGAACGUCAAGACGGUGCGCGCCCUCACGCUCGAGCCCGUCCUGCGCACCCAGUACCGCCACGCCACCAAGGCCGUCUUCGCCCGCGGCGCCAAGCGUGCCGCCUGCUGCGGCCUCUUCUUCGGCCUGACCGACAGCGUCGUCUUCUUCGCGACGGCGCUGCUCUUCUACUACGGCGCGGUGCUGGUGGCCGACGGCGAGUUCGACACGACGGCCGUGCUGCAGACCUUCACCGAGCUGACCAUGAGCAUGACCAACGUCAACGCCAUCGUCGGCAUGAUCCCGCAGAUGGGCUCGGCCCGCGACACGGCGACGCGCCUGCUGCGCCUGGCCAACCUGUCCCCUUCGUCGUCGCACGAGAGCCGCGGCACCACGCGCGUCCCCGCCGUCGGCGACAUCGCGCUGCAUCACCUCGACUUUGCGUACCCCUCGCGCCCGCAGCACCGCGUCCUGCGCGACGUCAGCUGCGUCGUCCGCGCGGGCACCUGCGUCGCCGUCGUGGGGCCGUCGGGGUCGGGCAAGUCGACGCUCGCGGCCCUGCUGCUGAAGCUGUACCCGCCGCAUCCACCACUCAAUCAAGACGACGACAAAGAGGAGGAGGAAGGAAGAAAGGAGGCGUCCCUCACGCUGUCCGGCCGCGACAUCCGCCGUCUCCACACGCCGACGCUGCGGUCGCUCGUCGCCGUCGUCGGGCAGCAGCCGACGCUGUUCCCGGCGUCGGUGAGGGAGAACAUUCUCUACGGCCUUGGUAGUCACCACCAACAGCAACAGCAACAGCAACCGUCCCAAUCCCACUCAUCCUCCUCCCACUACUCCCCCGGCGACGACACCAACGACGACAACCACCCCUCCCCCUCGUCCCCCUCCUCCGCAGACCCCAACGACGACACCACCGAAACCACAACCGAAACCAUCCUCCACACCGCCGCCCGCCAGGCCGGCAUCCACGACUUCGUCGCCUCCCUGCCCCAGGGCUACGACACGCGCGUCGGCGACGGCGGGCUCGGGCUCAGCGGCGGGCAGGCGCAGCGGGUGGCGCUGGCGCGCGCGCUCGCGCGGCGGCCCGACGUGCUGGUGCUGGACGAGGCGACGUCGGCGCUGGACGUGGAGAGCGCGCGGGUGGUGCGGGAGACGGUGGGGGGGUUGGUCGCUGGUGGUCGUGCUGGUGCUGGUGCUGGGACGACAGGGAUGGGGAAGAAGCGGAUGACGGUCGUGGUCAUCACGCAUGCGAGGGAGAUGAUGGAGAUUGCGGACCGCGUCGUCAUGCUCGAUGGGGGGAGGGUGGUUGAGGAGGGCACGUUUGCCGAGUUGAGCGGGAGGAGGGGCGGGGCGUUUGCGCGGAUGCUGAGGGGGGGUGGGUUGGAGGGGGAGGGGGAGGGUGAAGAGGAAAGGGGAGUGGGCCCGUCGCCGGAGGAGGUGGAGAGGUUGGAGCGGAAGAGGUGGGAGAGAAGGGAGGGUAGGAGACGUUCUGGUGCGGCGGCGAGGAGUAGUCAUCGGAGGCGUAGCAGUGGGUUUUGGUGA